GCGUACCAUUCACAUGUCGCGUAUUUGCACUGCGAGAGUGUGGCAUAUUCAUUUUAUUCCUCCGUUUUUUGGCACCGUAGCAGCCAACUCUUGUUCCAUAGGAGUCUUUGUAUUUGCUGAAAUCGUGUCGAAUUAUCGCGAAUUUAGGCGCAAUCAACAGGAAAACUGGUAGCGCACAGUGUACUGGUGGCGAACGGCAUCGUAUUGGCCGUUUCCCGUCCGGUGGAAAAGCCCUCCCGUCGAACUCCGGAGUGUGUUUUCGUCUAAGUGCGCUCGUUUUCCCCCCAUCGUUGCAUCGUAAGCAUCAGCGCCAUUUGGUGUCGGAAGGUGUCCCGUUUUGUGCCCCCGUGUGGUGUGCUGCGAACGCGAUACGGACGGACCUUCGUUGCACGCAACGGAAGGUUUUGGUAAACACCGAGGUGCCAGCAAAACGACGGACCGUAAAGCUGUGUGUGGCCGGGAAAGCAAGAGGAAGGAUCCGGAUUGCAAACAACAAAGCCAACGCGGCCCACCGUAUCAUCAAGCGUGUCGUCGUCGUCGUGGGGCAUACAGUACGGAAGAACCGAAAGUAAACCGCGGAAGGGUCACCCCGUUUGAAGUGAAGAGAAACAACUGAGAGAAAGUGCGUAAUCGUAAGCGGAAUCCGCACACAACAGCCCAUACGCCAUUUGGGUUGAACUGUCAUCGCGAAGGGAUUUAUCAACGCAUAGCGUACGAUCAUCGUCAGUCCAGCUUCGCGAAAGGAACACACACUCGUUGCUUUGAUCACAACCCGCGUACUACGACGGCGACCGUAACACACACACACGUAGGGUUGGAAAAGUGUUCGCCCGAUUGUUCCACGCGUUUUCCCCGAUCUAUCCCAAGUUAUCCAUAAAGGUUUCGGGGUGGGUGGAAGUGCGAGUGUGAGGAAGGCUGAUGCAACAUAUCGUCGACUUCCACGACGGGCAUAGCUUAAGCGCGAGAUAAGACGUGCCACAGAGCGAGAGGCGGCGGUACCAAGUGUAGCAGGCGGCGACGAAAGAGAAACCGAAGAUUUUCCUCCAAGCUCGCACACCAACAGCAGCCAGCCAGCCAGCCAGCUAGAGCAGCCCCCAGCACCAGCAAAGGGAAAGUCACGCGCGUCAAAUUGACAGCAUACGUAGUGUGCGGCGAUAUAGCCACCCUUGCCACGGCAACGGUGCCAAUAGUUGAAGACGGCAGCAGCAUAGCGUGGUGUGUUGUGUGUGUGUUUUUUUUUUAUAUUUUCUUUUCUUCCUUCGAUCGUCGUUCGUGCGUUUUGUCAGUUGUUGGUUACAUAAAGGCAUCGACUUUGGGAGACUCGAGACAAGAAGGUACAACCCCAACACACUGGUGCGUGGAAACCGCGAGCAAUUUUGACGAGAAGCGCGCAUUAUUGAUCCGUGGCAGGCGAGACACAAAAGAUAAGUCAGGGUUUAAGUGCAUUUAGAGAGACCGAGAAAGAGAGAAGGAAAGUGAUAGUUUGUGUGUAAGUAAGAAGGAAGUACAGCGGGCAAAGGCUUAGCGAUUUAGCAAACGGUGAGUGCAUCGCGCGGUUUAAGUGAAUCUUGUGCGUGCGGGAGCUGCAGUACCUUGUAUAUACACUGUAAUUGUGUGUGCGUGUGUGUACACCGAGUUACAUUGUUACUGGCGCCACGAAGAAAGGACAUCCGUGUGUGUGUGUGUGUACAUCAGUGCGGAAAAACAAAGAAUAGCAGCUUAGCUAGGUGCGCACCGUCCACCACAGUCACCUUGAACCAUCUUCCGUUCGAUUGGCCGACCAUCAGACUCGACCGAACAAGCGUGUGAUCCUUGUGUGUGUGUGUGUGCAGCAGCAGCAAAGCGAAGGGAGAAAAAGUCUCCCGCGCACGGAAAAGUCAGUCAAAAUUCCAGUCCCCACGCGAAGCCAUAGAGAAGGCUCCUUCUUGAGCCGCUCGGACGACAACAGCGAAAUGAGCAAGCGCAACAAAACUCGCCCCGGUCCGGCCAGGACCCAGAGGCAACGGUCGAUUCAAGCGGAUGGCAUUUACAACAAUGCGUCGUUUAUGCAUGCAGCCACAUCACACGUAGGCAACAUUGUUCAGAUCCAAACACCGGCCGGUCACAUAUACGAAGGAGUGUUCAGGACGUUUUCCUCACAGUUUCAGAUUGUGCUGGAAAUGGCACAUCGCGUUGAGAUUGGUCCCGACCAGAAGCCAAAAAUUAUCGUCGAAUCGUUCGUCGAUCGGCUGAUCUUCAAACCGAACGACAUAGUGACGCUAGCCGCGAAAGACGUCGAUCCGGAGGACGCCACCCGCGACACGUUCAAAACCGACACGGCAAUUUCGCGCUGCAACGGCACGAACUGGCUAGAGGAUCGGGUGCUCGAACCGUGGGACGAGAGUGGCGACGUGAACGGUGAAUCGAUCGAGCACGGUCUCGAGCUCGACUCGAACGCGGAAGGCUGGGAUGUGCAUGAUAUGUUCCUGAAGAACGAGCAGGUGUACGGUGUGCAGUCGACGUUCGACCAAUCCCUGUCCGGCUAUACCGUGCAGAUACAGAAGAAGGACAGCGAGGAGUUUAAGGUGCAGGAGCUCGAGGCGGAGAAGAUUGCGAACGAAAUCGAGAACAAUCCGGUGUACAAGGAGCGUAUCGAUAUCGAGAACGGUGACGAGGAGGCCGCGUUCGCCGCGGUCGUCCGUCCGAACAGUAACGUCAGCCCACAGCCUGCUUCCACACAACCGGGCACCGGCGGCAGUGCUGCUGCCAACGAUAAGAACUCGAACAACAACGUGAGCAGCAGCAGCAGCAGCAGCAGCAGUAGCAGCAGCAACAGUAGCGGCAUCAACAAUAGCGGCGGCAACAACAACGCACCAAAUAGUAGUAGCAACGGAAACAAUAACCUAACGAACAAUACAAGCAAUUCGACCAACAAUAACACAGUGCAGGCGAUGCCCUCAAACGCGAAGUACAUCGGGCCGGCGAAGCGCAAACCUGGCCAGCCGGGUGGCAAGCUGGUGGUGCGCAGUCCAUCCCUGGCCAACAGUAAUAACAAUAACGGAGGUCCGCCGGUGGUAACGGCUCAGCAGCAGCAGCAACAGCAACCACAAAGCCCACAAGCUCCGCACAAGAACAGCUACGGACAGAUGAUGUCACAGCAGCAGCAACCACCUCCGCCGGGUGGCCAGCAGCAUGGCGGUGGUAUGGGCCAUCCGCCCGGUCCGCAGUACGGUAUGCAUCCGGCUCAAUCGCCUUACGGGCAUCAGCAGCAGGCACCACCGCAGCAGCAGCAGCAGCAGCAGCAUGGGCAGGCAUCGGUGAUGAACUCGAACAAGAUGAACGGCGACGGUAGGGGAGAUAUGGCCGGUGGUCCUCCGGGCGGUGGCGGCGGAGGUGGUGGUGGUGGCAGUGGCAAUAUGAAUGUAAAUAGCAACCAAAAGCCUCUUCCACAGCGUACCGUGCGGCAGUACGCGAAUGCGCCGGCCCCGGUAACGUACAGCGAGCCGCCACCAUCGCUGAACCCGCAGCAGAUGCCUGGUCAGAUGCAGCCCAUGUCCACGAAGCCACCGAUGCACCUAGCGCAUCCGCAUCAUACCGUCGUACCGCAUAUGCCACCGCCGAAUGUUGUGCCGGCCGACCAUGUCGUCAUUCAGCAGCAUCCCAUGGCAAUGCCACCACCAGUGCAGCAGCAGCAGCAGCAGCAACAGCAACCGCCACCCCAACAGCAGCAGCAGCAGCCACAGGUGCAGCAGGCGCCACCUCCCCAACCCCAGCGCACGGUUGUCGUGCGGAACCGGGACAUGGAGAUCGACAGUUUGCUCAAAUUCGGGCAAGACUUUAAGCUGGCGCCACCGCAACAGCAACCGCCGAUGGCGAAUGUUCAUCAGCAACCGCCACCUCAGGCACCACAGCAACAGCAAGGACCACCCUCACACAACGUUGUCGUCCAGCAGCAGCAACCGCCACCUCCUCAGCCCGACCACACCUCCCCACCCUCGCUGGACAGUUCGCCCCCGUUGGUCAGCAGUCAGCAGCAGCAGCAGCAGGGCAAAAUGGUGGCACCGCACAGUGAGCCACCGCCCCAGCCAGCGCCAAUGAGCCAGCAGCAGAAUCAAGCCUCGCAAACGGCGUCCGGCAUGGUGGUGGUCCCGCCUCAACUGUCCACCCAGUCACCACCGCACCUGGUACAGCAACCGCCACCAGUCGUGCAACAGCCGCCACCGCAGCAACCGGGGCAACAGCAGCAACCGGUCGUUGUCGGUGGUUCACCGCCCCAGCAGCAGCCGCAAGCGAAUCAUGUCGGUGGUGCGCCCACCGGUGCUCCCUCGACCGUUAGUCAAAACUCGGUCACCAGCACCGUUACGCCGCCCAGUGCGGCACCGAACGGCAAUGCGAACGGGGUGGUCGGUACGCCCGACGGAACGUCCGCCAACGGUAGUGCCGGCAGCGGGGAACCGAAGCCCGGCACGGCCACGAAGAAAGUGUUCACGCUGAACCCGGCCGCCAAACCAUUUACUCCGCGCAGUCCAAGCACACCCAAUCCAUCACGCCCACCCAACACUAACAGUAACAUAAGUAUCAUUAAUGGUAAUCCUUAUUUCGCACGCCCACUGAAAAGUCACACGUCUUCUAGCCCGCACACGCCGCAAACGCCGGGCCCGGCCGCGCUAACGCAGGGUUCCUUCCAGCCACCGUCACAGCACGUCCUUCCGCAGCAGUUCGUCAUGUCGUACGUGGUGAAUCCGUCCUCAUUCCAAACCGCCCAACAGCACCAGCAGGUGGCACAGCAGACGCGCAUCCGGAAUGGCCGACAAGGUAGCUACCGGAAUGACAUUUUCCCCGUCGGUGCGUCGCAGAUGCAGGUAGCGGCAGCAACCGGGCAACCACUGUUGGCGCCUAGCCCGAUGCAGAUGAUCAAUCCGUACGCGCCGCCGAUUCAUGCCCAACCGUUCCAGACCGCACCACAGUUCCAUCAGCAGUACCGCAUCUACGAUACGCCCCAGCCGACACCACUCCAGUAUCUGGCGGCCACACCACCGUCGACCACACCGUCCCCGGGACAACCGCACCAACAGUACCAUCCGGGGCCGCAACCAUCGCCGGCCGGCGGGGGCCCGCCCACCUACCAGACCGUACACCACCAGCAACCGACACCGUACCCGAUUCCGGUGUGCAACAUCGUACCGUCGCAGGUCGUGCCGGCCAUGUACCAGAACAUGCAGUCGGCACCGCAGCAAAACCAUCACCAGCAGAACCUGCACGUGAUGCACGUGGCGCAGCAUCCGUCGGCCCAGUAGCAUAAGUUCACCGCUGGUGCGCCCGGUUCGAACGGUUGCCCUCCGCCCCCACACCCAUCGUACGCGAAGGUUUUGAAAAACUAACGGCCCGUACUCGCGGCACGACGAACGAUCGGCAAUUGGAAGCGAUGAUGAAGCGAUGCAACGGUUGGGGUAGUUUAUGCUUAGCCACUUUCACAGAGUUUCUGUGAGAGGAAGACGAACGGAGAGAUGAAGCGGAAGAGACACUUACAAUUUAAAGCCAUACCCAGGCAUGGUUAUGGCGUGUGGAAGAUUAUCGAACUGAAUUAUACAUGUACAUUGUGUUCGGAAAGCGUUAAUAGUACUUUACACAGUAGCUGCCGUUACAAGACAGACAGAGAGAGCGAGAGAGAGAUGACGAAACGAAGAUGUUUAGUAGUAGUGGGCUCCUCACAAUUGUCGAUCGCGAACACGAAAAAGCCCACUACGGAGGAACAGUUUAAACUAUAUUAGACUAUUGUUCAAAUAACAAUAUGUCGUUUUGUUUGACCCCAAAUCAACUUUCCGCACUGUUGUACGAAAUGGUUAAUUGUUUUCGGGUUGCUAACUGUUUUCGCUAUACGCAUGGGUGUUCUGUUUUUAUCCAUAAUCGCGACAAACACAUUCCCCUGUCCUUAUGUUAUAUGCGGUGGAGGAAAAUUUUUUUUUUCUUUUUUAGUGUACAUCCCAACAGUUCCCUAACCCAAAAUCGUAAAAAAGCGUCUGUGAUCGACGCAUGGAAUUGGCGGCUUCACGCAUCCCAGCCGUAUCACGAACGAAUGAUUUUUUUUUAAAUGUAUUUAUCAGAAUGAAUGGGACAGUCGAGUUCCUGUUGGGUAAAAAAAAAUGUGCGAAGAGGAAGAGUAGGAUACACGCGUGUUCCGCGUUGCCCGUGAAAAACGAAAAAGGGAAUAUUAGUUUUUGGCCCGCUCUCUUGGAUUUUGGCUGGAACAGAAGGAGGAAAACCUUCGAUUCUUAUCCUGUGGGCAUAUGGCGGAUCGUACGACACGAGAACGAAGAAACGUAGCAGUAGAAAUAACACACGCACGCAACUCUUGUUUGUUGAUUCGUUUCUUUCUCGCGUAGAGAAAUGAAGUUGUCUGUAUUCGUUUUGCUCUGUAGUCAAACAAGUAACAUUAUACACUCGAAGCUAUAUAGUUGGGCGGAAGACAUUACAAAUGAUGGGAUGGGUAGAAAUUGUUGAAUCGUGAGGGAUGAUGUGUAUCAUAUAAGCGGUUGAGGGUAAAGAGGUUAGGUUUGAAUCCCCGUUGAGCUGUACAUUAUGACUCUGUGAGAGGUGAAGCACGGACGAGAGCCAGAUAGAGGGGGCGCCGCUUAAAGAACGCAGUCGUAAGACAAACGACGGAGUGUGGCUCAUUUGUGGCACGGUUUGUGGAAGAUGCGCGAGAGGGACAGUUCGUGACAAAUACUGAACAAAACAAACACACACACACAGCAUCAUCCGUAUCUUAGCAAGGUAAUACAUGAUUAGAUAAAUCAAAUUAAACUAAAUAAGUGAUAAAACGGAGCGAAUAAGCAACACAAAUGCGGACACACGAUAUGGGGAAAAGUGUAAGAAGAGCGGUGCAGGUUGAAAUCUCUUAGCUGUAUAAAAAAAAAUCUGGAAUGAAAUGUAUGAAUGUGUAUGAAUGUGUAUGAAUGGCUGUAAAUGUAUGCAUGAAGCUCUAGCUAAGGUAGGGUUCUAGGAAAGGCAAUUCUUCCGCGUAAAACUAGGGAAAACUAUCGGAUAUGAUGUACAAAGAGGGGAAAAGCAACAAAAAAAAACAAGCUGAUUAGGAUUGCAAAACAAGAAAAUCCGAUAGAGGAUGGAAAGAUGACUAAAAGAUCGGCAAACGGUAGUGUUUGAAUGGGAACGAUUGUGUGAACCGCGUCUCACACACGUAUAGCCAAUAAAUUUAAUUUAUUGAACGUCCCAAUUUUUUGGGCAGCAAUCGCUGGAGCUGUAUGAUCGAAGGCAAAUCCAUACUCGUGCGUGAGAAGAAGAGGGAGAAAGGUAAAACAAAUCUGGAUUCACUCGAAACUCCCGUAUUGCGGGCGUAUUUGCAGAAUACAAGUAAGAUCACACACACACACAUUUAGCAAUACAGUAUAGAACAACAAACUUAUUUUAGCUAGUUCGAAGGACUUGAGAACCGUUGAAGGUGGGUGGUGUAACGGACUACUGUAGCAAGUUGUGCGACUGUGGUGAACUACUAAACUAAACUAGACUAAUGGCAGAGAGAGCGAGAGAGAAGAUGAAGAAAAAGGUUCGGUGCUAUUGAGAAGACACGGAGGAGUGGAGUAUCGAAAGGUAUAUAUCAUCAAACCGAAAGGGUGAACAAUGUGCUAAUGUAAAAGUGAGUGGACAAGUUAAUAAGCAAGAGGGUAAACAAGACUAAGCAAGAGCAACAUGUUAAACAUGUUGAAACAUAAGAAUUCUAUGCAGUUUAAAGGGUGGGGAGGGUUGGGGAAAGAGAACAGCAAUACCGGCAGAACGGUAAAAGGAGUAUCAAGAAGAAGCAAAAAGAUCGUCAGCAAACCAAGCUGAGAACAAAAUUCAUAGCGUGAGAAUUCGUUUUGCUGCUGCACAGUAAGAAGCAAUGGGAGCGACGAAGAAAGUUGUAAAUUAUGUGCAGAAAACAGAAAACCUGGAGGAAAGCAUAUGCUCGCUAGAGAGGGGUAACAAGUGAUCAAGUGGAGGUGUGAUCAUCAUGGAAGAAGCGCGCUAAAGGGGAUGAAACGCAACCCCCAGCGAAGUAAUACAGCAAAAAUCACACACACACACAUCAAACGAACAUAGAGCGCCAAGGAAAACGGCGCUCAGCCAAGAAGAAAGCGUGGUGAAGCAGUCGCUGCUGCAACCAAUUCAAAAUUCAAAUUGCAAUUUUCCUACUUCUACAAAAAUCACACACACACACACACAUAUUUAUAUGUUAUGAAAAAUCCAUCAGACAGUAACUCUCGCCUCGGUGUGAAGUAAUGAUUCACGAGGAAAAACAAUUUAAGUUGGGAAAAAUCGGGAGGAAAACGAGACCUAAUACAGUUUAACUGAAUGCCGCCACCUGCCAGAGAGAGCAAGAGAGAGCGCGAGAGACCCAUAGGAUUGUGGUUCUUGCAGAGGACAUGCAAGUAACCGAGAAGGCGGAUCGAAGAAGGAUCGAAGGAAGGCUGUUGGGUGUAGUCGUAUGCGAGAACCGUGGAAAAACUGCACACUACACAUUGUUAAAUCUUUUUUCUUUUUUGUUUUUUAUUUGUUUUCCCUCUACAACCAAGGCGCCUGUGUCCAAAACCGUAUCAGAACCGUGUACCCACACCAGCCCGGGAACCAACGAAAAUUCGGUUUCGGAAAGUAUAGGAAACGGAUGAAUAGAAUUUGCAAACAUCGCCACAGGAAGUGCUAGGCAUCUCUUAAGUGUAUGUGUGUGUGUGUGCUGCAACUGGAGGACGGUUCUGGCGGGAUGGUGCAGGCGCCGGGAAAUGUUAUUGUUUUUAACUUUCUUAUUCUUUCACUGUAAAGAGGAAAAAAGUGCAACAAACGUUCAGUGAAACAAAAAAACGGAAGAAAAAAAUAAUAAAAAAAACACGCUAAACAAAACCGAAA